CCUGCAAGACCUGGCUAGGCGCUUUCGGGGUUCCUCUGAGCUCCCUUAGGGACCAGCUCCGACCCGGGGAGCCCAGCCAAAAAGGUCACCACGCCCUCCUCCCAUGCCCCACCUCACUGCCGCCCCCCAGCGCCCCGCAUUCUCGGUGGCGAGAGGAUUAACCUCCAAGGGCGUUCUGGCCCUCGCUUUGGCUUCCGGCCUGGCCUGGGCCCUGGCUUGGUGCUGACUCCAAGACUUGUGCCAUUUCCAAGGGAAAUUCGGUGGACACCCUGGUCACUGUGGAGGCUUGGGGUCGUCUGGGUGACCCCUCGAUCAGGCUCCUAGGUUAACAAUCAGGAUGGUACAUGCUGAAGCCUUUUCUCGGCCCUUAAGUCGGAAUGAAGUUGUUGGUUUAAUUUUCCGUUUGACAAUAUUUGGUGCAGUAACAUACUUUACUAUCAAAUGGAUGGUAGAUGCAAUUGAUCCAACUAGAAAGCAGAAAGUAGAAGCUCAGAAACAGGCAGAAAAACUAAUGAAGCAAAUUGGUGUGAAAAAUGUGAAGCUUUCAGAGUAUGAAAUGAGUAUUGCUGCUCACCUAGUAGACCCUCUUAAUAUGCAUGUUACCUGGAGUGAUAUAGCAGGUUUAGAUGAUGUUAUUACAGAUCUGAAAGAUACAGUCAUCUUACCUAUCAAAAAGAAGCAUUUGUUUGAGAAUUCUAGGCUUCUGCAGCCCCCCAAAGGUGUACUUCUCUAUGGGCCUCCAGGCUGUGGUAAAACAUUGAUUGCCAAGGCUACAGCCAAAGAAGCUGGCUGUCGAUUCAUUAACCUUCAGCCUUCGACACUGACUGAUAAGUGGUAUGGAGAAUCUCAGAAGCUAGCUGCUGCCGUUUUUUCCCUUGCCAUAAAAUUACAGCCUUCCAUCAUCUUUAUAGAUGAAAUAGACUCCUUUCUGCGAAACCGUUCAAGCUCUGACCAUGAAGCCACAGCCAUGAUGAAAGCUCAGUUUAUGAGUCUCUGGGAUGGACUGGACACUGAUCACAGUUGCCAGGUCAUAGUGAUGGGAGCUACUAAUCGUCCUCAGGACCUUGACUCUGCAAUAAUGAGAAGAAUGCCUACAAGAUUUCAUAUCAACCAACCUGCACUAAAACAAAGAGAAGCAAUCUUGAAGCUUAUCUUGAAAAAUGAAAAUGUGGACAGGCAUGUAGAUCUACUAGAAGUUGCUCAAGAAACUGAUGGGUUUUCAGGAAGUGAUCUAAGAGAGAUGUGUCGAGAUGCUGCCCUCCUCUGUGUCAGAGAAUAUGUUAAUUCUACAUCAGAAGAAAGUCAUGAUGAAGAUGAAAUCCGGCCUGUGCAACAGCAAGACCUGCAUCGGGCAAUUGAAAAGAUGAAGAAAUCAAAGGAUGCAGCAUUUCAGAAUGUUUUAACACAUGUUUGUUUAGAUUAAGAGUAAAGAUCGUUUGUACAGUUCAGUGAUCUAGUUUGGUGUGCCCUCUUAUCAGUUAGUGAAAGGUGUACUCUUAAUACAGUGAAAGAGUCCCACGUUUAUGGUUUUAUACUCUGAAUUCUAAGUUAUUGAGGUAUAGUUGUUACAUAGGUGGUAUUACUACUUGUCAAAAAUCAUGAAGAGGAACAAUUUAAUCCAGCCCAAGAGCGGGUGCUUGUAUUUGACUUCUUUAGCCAUAUGUUGUCACAGCCUUAUAGAUUCUAAACUGAAAAGAAUAAGUGAUCCAUUGAGUCAUUAGUGAGAAGUGGGGAUGUGGUUAGGUGCUGGUUCUAGAUGUGUAUGUCUGUGUGUGUAUGUGUAUAUAUUGUGUAUAUAUCGACACAUUUUUUAUUGAUAUUCUGUAGAUAUGUUUGAAUACAGAAACUUUUUUUUACCCCACCCACUGAAUCCAAAAGUACCAAAUAGUAUAUAGCAAAACCAAGAUUUAAGGUUGUAUCUUUACAAGGUACAGUAAUGCAGCCAUUUCUAGUGGUCAUUUGUUUUAGCCUUUUCUAAGUUGAGCACUUCUCGAUCUGUAGUUGAUUAGUUGAGUCAGGCACAUCUGAAUAUAUAUAUGUGGCUUAAUCAUAAUGGUUAUAAGGAUAAUCAUAUAAAAAUACUUGUUUCGGCAGACAUAUGAUCAAUACUGAUUUCAACUUUUUCAGCAGUCAUUAAGAAUUUUUAACAGAUUUUACUUUAAUAUACAUGAAGGUGGAUUGAAAACCUUUGAAAAGAAUGAGUUUGAAAACCUUUAGUACUCUUUAAGACGUGAAUAUGACUUUCCUUUCUUCUUUUAAUUUAAUAAGUAGUUCUGUUGUAACCAUGUGUUUAAAAUGCCAUUAAAAGUUAUGUUUUGUAAAUUAUGGUCAAAUAUAAUUUGAUCACCAGAAGUGAAAUAAUAGUUUUAAGUACAUGUGACUAAAUGUGCUAACAAUGCUCAUUUUGUAAUUUUAAUUUUAAAAUUUUUCUCAGCUUCCUCUAAAUUAUGGCCUCUUCAGGUACAAAUGUACGGAUCAAAUUCACACAUGUGGAGUCCUUUGUGACUACAUUUAUGAUAUUACAUGUUCUACAUAUGAAACAUUGUCUUGUCUCAAAUUCCCCUAACCAAAUUUUGUUGCAGGCACCUAAACACCCAGCAUGAGGAAAAUGGCACAAUACAACCUUUAGGUGCCUUCUGCAUCAUCAGACAAAUUGUUUCAGAUGCAUUUGUUUUUAUUAUAUUUAUUUGAAAAUGCCAUCUGGGUUCAUGAGUUAUUGAAUUAAUUUAGUUUAUCUAAUAAUGCUUCUCACAAAAAUAUUGAAUAGUGUUUUUCAUUUGUACUUUGUCAAAGAGAGUUUGGAGGACAAUGCUUUCAAUAGCAAAAGACAAAUUAUGCAAGGUGAAGAUGAUGAAAAAUGAGUGAAAAUACAAGAUACCAAAAAUAAAAUUUUCCCAUUUUUAAUAAUUAUAUUACUAUUUUAUAAAUGCAUAAUAAAGGGUGUCCUGCCUUGUUGAUUUUUCUCCACUUAA